AUUGGUUAUUUCUGGAGUUAAAGCUUGGGACAAAUGGUUGCAAGUUGCAUUUCAGAAUGCCAGUCGGAUGGGAUAGCACAGCAAAAAUAGGACGACAGAUUGAGGAUUACUCUCGGUGUCUAUGUUGCCAAAUGGAAAUGAGCAAUAGGAUGUCGAUAAUGUUAUCAAUUGAUAUAGAUUUUCGCCCGUUCUAAAGAACGUAACAUUAACUUAUUUGUCAAUUUACGAGUUUUUGCACCAGGCUCAAAAUGGCUGCGUUGUUUUUUCUAUAGUCUGACAGCAGCUGCUACCGCGCACGAGAGCGCUAUCAUGCGCUCGCUGUCAAACCGAACAUGCGACUGAUCAACUUUCUUGCACGACUGAUGGCAGUAUGGGACCAGUCUUUCCAUGCUCUGGCAUUCUAUAAACUAGUUUUACGGUAACAUUUUGAAGUGAUGGAUUAGCAAUUUGUAUGAUAAUAAAUGUCCAGCAGGUUUAGGUUGCACCUGAAAAUUGUGUUACGUUAAGUAAACAAAUAAAAUGAUUAAAAACUAGAUUUUUGGAAAAUCUAAACUUGAAAAUAUGAUUCAGUGCAUGCAUCAAUCCUGACAUAAAGGGACACAUAUCUUAAUGCAAAUUUAUAGGCAAUAAUUUGCUUUAGGGUUUUAACAGCUAAAUGUUUAAGAUACUGUUCAAUCCUGUAUUUUAACAAUCAUUGUUAAAACACCACCACACAUUUAUAAUUAUUUAUUAUUUUGGGGACAUAAGCAUAUUGGGCAGAUGUCUAUCAAUAAGGUAAAUUGUGAACAAUAAAACUGAAGAUAUAUAAUACUUACCUCCUAUCGAAAAAAAAAAAAUAAGCACGAUAUGACGCAUGCGCGCACUCCAAAACCCGGGGAACAGGUGCCUCUAAAUGAAUAGGCGUGGCUCCCCUGUAUAAAUGGUUUUCUCUAUAAAAUGCGUCCUAAUUGUCGGUCAUUUGGAGGCAUGUGCUCAAGCAAGAAAACAAAAACGCAGGGAGUAGAACGAAUAUUGUUGUUUAUCAGCCAUGAGCGGCGGAACACCCUAUAUUGGUAGUAAAAUAGGAUUGAUCUCCAAGGCCCAAAAUCGUUAUGAAGGUAUCUUGUAUACUAUUGACACGGUGAAUUCAACGGUGGUCUUGGCCAAAGUGAGGUCGUUUGGAACGGAAGGAAGACCCACAGACAGGCCAACACCACCUAAAGAUGACAUAUAUGAAUAUAUCAUUUUCCGAGGAAGUGACAUCAAAGACAUCACCUUGUGUGAGCCUCCAAAGUCUCACCAUGGCCUUCCCCAGGAUCCUGCUAUAGUGCAGUCCUCCCUAGGCACCUCUUCAGGCUCCUAUUCUGCUCAGGGACCAUUCAGUCCAUUCAGGAUGCCGUCAUACAACCAACUCGCAGCCAGCUCUCUGCUUAACCAACAGUAUGCUGCUGCACUUGGCCUUGGUCCUGGACUACAAGGCCCUCAAGUGAGAAGAGGUCCUAUGGUGGAGCAGGCUGUUCAGACUGUACCUGCAGACAAGGCUAGGCAGAAGAGGGGCUCAACUAUAUCCCAAGACCAGCGCAGGGAGACCAGCAGGCCCCAGCGAGCAAGGGAGGGGGGAAGCUCACAGACUCCGAGACGCUCUGGGCAAACGGGUGGGGCAGAUCAGCGCAGAGCAUCUCAAGUACACAAUGAGGGCAAUGAUGAAAACCAACCCCCACCACGAAAGAGACAAGGCGCUCGUAGGUCCAGGAACCGAGGCAGGGGUCAGCUCCUUGUGGGAGGCUCCAAGCCUAGCACCCUGAAGUUUGAGACAGACUUUGAUUUUGAUUCUGCAAAUGCUCAGUUCAGCAGGGAGCUGGAGAUGGAACUGCAGGACAAGUUGAACAUAAAAGAUAAUGGGGAGGAGACUCAGGACCCUGGAACGGACAGGCCAAUCAUUGAGAAGACUAUGGCUGAGGAUCCAUUUGGGCCCAAGUGCUACUAUGACAAAGCAAAGUGUUUCUUUGAUAACAUCUCUUCAGAUAACAAACCCAGAAGAACUACCUGGGCAGAGGAGCGGAAGCUUAAUGUGGAGACUUUUGGGGUUCCUGGUCGGUUCCUGAGGGGCCGUGGUUUCCGUGGGGGCUACCGUGGACGCAGAGGACAGGGGUCCGCACAGCGUCUGCCAUCUGUGAGAGCUGGGAGUGGGAGGCUGUGAGCUCCCUGCCCCCUAAAAGCCUAAUUUGGAACUUGGAUUGGCCCUUUAGACCAUCUUUUAUGGUCUUGUAUGUUUAUCCAUACAUUUUUUGUUUAAGAAUUAUCUACCGCAUUUUUACCACCAUCUAAUUUGACCAGUAACUUAAAAUAUUUUGAUUUGACUACAGUACAGGGUUGCAUAACAAGUGAUUGUUUAAUGUACAUUGUUUUACGUAUUUUGCUUUAAAAUCUGCCAAUGCUUUUCAGUAUUUGUAGACUGUCAGCACUUACUACAUAAGUAUACAUAAUGGUGGUCAUCCUAAUGUAGUGUAGUUGGUGAUUGAAUUUUGUGUUGAUGUAAAUAAUGUGCAAAUAACUUAAUAUAGAUAAACUAUUCUGCCUUAGACUAAUUCCCAUGUAGAGAUUUGUUUUCU